GUUGGGAAGAAAGUUGCGAAAGUGGAGUUCAGUUUCUCUCUGCCUCUGUGUGAGAGAGGGCUCAGGAGGAAGGUUCCGCUGGAGGACUGGGCGCUGCCUGUCUCAUUUCUCCUGAUGAUAUGACUGCUGAUACCCCCACAAGGAGGUGUGUCAGAGAGCAUUGCAUCAGGAGUGAACCCUGGCUUGAUGAUGAAUGAAUGAGGGAUAAUUUUGGCCUUGAGAGACAGGUUUUUGAACAGUUACCAAACUGGCGAGCAGACAGCAAAAGGACAGGUGACUGCUGGGGUUCGGGCUUAUAUUCCAGAUUGUGAGACAGAAUGAAGAGGAAUCAACUUACAUUAAGUCAAAUAUGGGAAAAUGGCUCAUUCAGUUUUUGUUACCUUCUUUGGAUUAUUUGCAUUGGUUUCAGCUUUGCCCCAACAAUUCAGUCCCACUGAAAGAUCAUGCUUAGACAAGGGUAUUGAUUUAAAUCGCCACUUUGUUCUGGACGGAGAAGGAGUUGCCAUUAGCUGUCCUGAAUUGGAAUUGGAAACAUCUGAGGAUACACCACAGAACUACAGUGUGAUGUGGUAUAAUAACAAAACAUUUGAAGUAAUUACAGCCGACAAAAAGGAAAGGGUACAUGUAGAGGAUGAUUUGCUUUGGUUCCUUCCGGUAUCAUUAGAAGAGAGUGGCUCCUAUGUCUGUAUUAUAAGAUAUCCAACAUCUUGCGUCAAAAUAACUGUUUCAUUAACAGUUACUCACUCUACUAGUGUAUCGUGCUUCCAGAAUAGAUUUUCCUACGGGAUGACUUCACAUUCAAGGACUUCUAAAAUACUGUCUUGUCCAGAGAUCAGCAAUUAUCUAACCUCAAAUGAAUUUGAACUAACUUGGUACAAGGAUUGUAAACCUCUUUCAAAUGGAGAAAAAUAUAGGUACCAUAAAAAUGACCAGUACCUUACUGUAACAAAUGUGGAGCCAUCAGAUGAAGGAAUAUAUGUCUGUGAACUGCAGUUUUUGCAUGAUGGUUUGCAAUACAGAACAGCACGAACCAUUGACUUUGAUAUUAAAGGCUGUAAAGCUAGCGUUGGCCCGAAAAUUAUACAACCAAAAAAUGGUACAAUUGAGCUAGAACCUGGAUCAACAUUGAACUUAUCUUGCACAGCAUAUACAGGAUAUUGUGAGCCUUCAAUAACAUUAAUUUAUUGGCUAGUAAAUAAUACAUUUAUUGAAGACUAUUUCAGUGACCAUCUUCAAGUUGAAUAUAGUCAGAAGAACAAAGACCAAGGCAACUAUCAUGAGUCAAGCAUAAUUUUUCCUAAUUUCAAGGAAGAGUAUUAUAAUGAAGCACUUACAUGUGUUGCCAGAAAUGGCUUGGGGUAUCAAAUAGCAACAGUUCAAUUUAAAAAAACAGCUCCAGAUUUCACAAAGGAGAUAGUAGCUGCAUUUGGCAUUUUUGCCUGUGUUUUAUUCAUCAGCGGAUGCACUUACAAAUUUUUCAAGAUUACUAUUGUGCUGUGGUACCGUGACACCUUUCCUGUGAAGUACCCUGAAAAUGAUGGUAAGAGUUAUGAUGCUUAUAUCGUAUAUCCACGAAGCUUGUGUUCAUCAUACUGCACCAACAUCCUUGUCUUUGUUAUGGAUAUACUCCCUCAAGUUUUGGAAUGCCAGUGUGGAUAUAAAUUAUUCAUACCUGGAAGAGAUGACCUACCUGGAGAAGAUUACAUUGAAAAAGUAAAAUCAAACAUCAAAGACAGCAGAAGACUGAUUAUUUUGAUGGCAAAAUCCUUUGAUAAACAACUAUGCACCAUGUUUGAACAGCAAGUUGGACUGCACGAUGCAUUGAUAUCUAAUCAAAUGGAAGUUAUUCUGAUUGAGUUGGAAUAUCAUGAUAAUUACAGUGACCUCCCAGAAUCAAUGAGGCAUAUUAUACAAAAGAAAGGAACUGUUAAGUGGACAAACAGUGAAUGGGAAAAAGAAUCUCCAUCAUUAAACUCUAAAUUCUGGAAACAAGUGAGAUACAAAAUGCCACCGAGGUCUUCUCAGCUUUGCUGUAAAAUUGAGUAUUACUAGAUGUUAGAAAGGCAUUAAAUAUCAUUUCAUCUUUCAUGAAAGUGCAGACAUUUAUCCUUACAGUAAUAAGGUUCACUGCAGAGGUGGAUAUUUCUGAACACUCAGGAGUGACCUUCUUCAGCUCCUUUCCCGUUAUAACUUUGGAAGCUCAGCAAAAACACUUUUUAUUGCAAUCUUAUUAGCAUCAAGGUAACUGACCCAGUUGACAAAGCCAACGUCUUUUAACUAUUUGCAAUGCAGAUAUAAAAGUGGUUUAUUUUAGAUUGUUGCUUCCUGAUGCCAUUUUACAACUGUGCAGUGCACACACAAGUAUACACAAAUGAUUCAUCAACAUAAAAGUAAAUAUUGUUUGGUAAAUUAAUGUAUUUGAAAAGUAGAUUUAUAAAAACUGAAUACACUGUUGAACUUAUUUUAGAUGAAGUUGAGGUAAAGGAUCCUGUUUUUAAAGUUUCAUUUGUUCUGUGCAAUUGUUAAUAAUUUGAAGAACUUUAGAACUGUAAAAUGUAGGAGCAGAAAUAGACAGUUCAAGCUAUUGAGUCAGCUCUGCUAUUUAGUGAGAUCAUGGCUGAUCUGAUAGUCCUCAACUCCACUUCCUUGUCUUUUCCCCUUAACCCUUGACCCCAUUACUGCUUAAAAAUCUAUCAAUCUCAGCCUUGAAUAUACUUAAAACCCCUGCCUUGACAUUCGUCCGUGGUAAAGAAUUUCACAAAUUCGCUGCACUGUAAGAGAUGAAAUUCCUUCUCUAUUGUAACUGGGUGAUGCCUGACUUUGAGUUUGUUAUCUGGUCUUAGAUUAUUUGGCAAGGAGAAACAACAUCUCAGCAUCUACCUUGUCAAUCUUCCCCAAGAAUCUUCUGUUUCAAUAAACCCACCUCUCAUUCUUCUAAACUUAAGAGUGUGUAAGAUCAAAGUACUGGACCUUGCCACAUAAGGCAGCCUCUGUGUAUCCGCAUCAACUGAGUGAUUCUUCUCUGUACUGCCUCCAGUGCCAGUAUAGCUUUCCUUAGAUAAAGGGUGCAAAACUGCACAGUGUUCUGUAUUGUCUGCCCGGUGCCUUGUAUAGUUUUAGCGAAAUAUCACUAUUUUUAUACUCCAUUCCCCUUGAAUCAACAUUCCCUGUUCUGCUGAAUGUGUAUGCUAGCUUUUGAUGAUUUAAGCAUGAAGAUUCCUAAAUCAUGUUGUACAGCAGCUUUCCGCUGUCUUUCUCCAUUUAAGUAAUAUUAAGUUCUUCUCUUCUUACCAAAAUGCAUAACUUACAUGUUGUGACAUUACAUUCCAUCUGCCAAGACUUUUCUAAUCAUUUAACCUGAGUAUAUCUUCCUGCUGACGCUGUCAUUUUAAAAACAUGCCUACCCACUUUUUAUUGGCAUUUACAAAUUUAAAUAUAGUGCAUUCGUUUCGCUCAUAAAAGUUAUUAAUAUAUGCUGUAAAUAAUUGUGACUCCAGCACUGAUUAUUGUGGCACUUCACUAGUUACAGUUUGUCAUCUUGAAAUGCCCUCCUUAUCUCAAUUCUCUUUUCUUCUAUUGGCCAAUCCUUUGUUCAUGUGUGCAACACCUUGGGCUGUAAUGGCCUCUGUGUGGUACCUUUCCAAAUGCCUUCCGGAAAUCCAAAUAUAUUACAAUUACUGGUUCUAUUAUUUAUGCUGCUUGUCACCGCGUAGAAAAAUUCUGAUAAAUUUAUCAGACAUGAUUUCCCCUUUGUAAAGCCAUGCUGACUGUGUUUGAUUAACAUUUUUAAAUGCUGUGCUGUUACAUCCUUUUGUAGUAGACUUUGUCCUGCCUUUUAAAAAGGGUGUUAUGGUGACAAGUUGUCAGUCAUCUGCCACACUCCCAGAACCUAAGGAUUCUUGAAAGAUUGGAUGCGCUGGGAGUAAUGUCUCUGAUGCUACUUUAAUGCCCUGUGAUGCAUUUCAACAGGUCCAGGGGACGUAUUUCACUUUCAACCCCAUUAGCUUCUCUAGUACUUCUUUUAUAUGUUACAUUAUAUCCUGUCCCCCUUCCCCUUGAUUGUUUCAUAUUUUUGAGACGUUAAUGGAACUAAAGUACUAUCCUAAUCCUAAAAAUGUUCAUCUUAUCUGUUUGAAGUUGAUUAUGAGGAAGCACAGAAUAGCAACAAUUUGCAUGAAAUAAAAUGAUAAUUUGUGGAUUAAGAAAAGUUUUCCUGGAGAUUUAAUUGUUUUGAAGAUUACUCUGCUGUAAUUUGAAAGGACCCCUAUCUAAUAUAAAUCUAAAGGAAAUGUGCUUAAUAACAUGCUUUUAAAAUGAAUCAAAGCUUUGAAAGUGACUCUGGAUGACAUCAUGGGAUAGAACUGUUAUUAAUAUCUGUAUGUCAUGUCUUCUAGAUACAUUUACACUUUUUUUUGUGGCUCCUUUGAUUAAAUUGAUCUGGCAUAUGUAGAAAGUAGAAUAAGUCCUAUGUGUGAUCCUUCUGAUGUGCUUAAUUCACAACUGAUAUAUAAAAGUAUGUCAGGACCAUUAAAUGAUGGAUCACUGACUUCUGAAUUCAGCAGAAGCAAUGCUCAGUAGUGGUAUCUAAAUAAGAUCAGUAACAUCUCUGGUGGCAGUUUCCACAUAUAGAGCAUGGUGGAAUAGCAAGAGCUGGUAUACCCAUUGAAAGGAGAUGCACUGACUGUUGCAGGGAUGAAAAAAGGGCCCAUCUGGUGAAUAAAAACAAUGUAUUGGAGAAACUCAGCAGGUUUGGCAGCACCUGCUAAUGGAAAAAGAGUUAAUCUUUCAAGUUCAGCAUGAUUCUUCUUUGGAACUUGCGAUCCUGACUUGAGCUGUAGUAUGCAUAUGAAUUUCUUUUUAGCCCUCCACCUAUCGUCGUAGGAUAUUUAAGGCCUGGUCCCAGUAGAUGAUCCAACUGGGCAGCAUAUACAUGCUUACAACUAAAAUGCCUAGUGGGUUUCCAAGGUUCAGUCAUGCCGAUGUGACAGUAGGAGGUACCUGGCAGUCUAAGGACAGAAUUUUAGCCUAGGAACUUUACACAAUAGUAAUUUGUAAGUAGUAAUGAACAGUCUGAUAGGGCUAUUCAUUUUUAAGCUCUUAGAGUGUAGAAGGUAAAAGUAAUGUCACAAUUGACUCAUAGAGCUCAUCUCUCAUGAGAGUGAGACAUCUGGUGGUGGUUUAAUCUAAGGGUCACUAUAUGUCAUGUGAUGGGCAGGGUUGAGAAGAUGGGACACUCGUGGUGACCUCAGCCAGUGUGAGAAUUGAACCUGCACUGAUAGCAUCACUUUAUAUAGCAAACUAGCCUUCCAUUCAACUGAGCAAACUGUCCCCCUGGAUUAUCAUUGGCUGAGCAAUGGUUUGUGGUGCAGAGUGAUACCAAUAACGCAUCUUCAGUUCCUGCAUCAGCUGAUGUUAGUCAUAAAGGUUCCACCUUCUCAACUUUGUCCCUCAUCUGAAGUAUGAUGAUCCUCAGAUUAAACCACCAUUUUGUGAGAGAGCAGUCCUCUGGGUCUGCAGCAACUUUAUGACAUAGAAUUGUAUUCUGGACUAAAGUACAAUGUUUUAAUAACAUUAAUAAUUGCAUAUGUAGUGCUUCAAAUAGAAUAAUACGGUAGUGGUUCUUCAUUUAUCAAAUUCAGAUACUUUGCAUUUACUACCUAAGUUACACAGCCCAGUCCUUCACUCAAGCCAGCCUCCGAUCCAUUGACUUCAUCAACACUUCCUGCAGCAUUUGGAAAACAACCAACAUAAUCAAAGAUCCCUCCCACCCUGGUUAUACGCUCUUCCACCCUCUUCCGUCGGGCAGGUUAUGUAUACGUGUGAAUGGAUUCAAGAACAGCUUCUUUCCCUCCUGUUGUCAGACUUUCUAAUGUUAAUGUUGAUCCCUCUCUGCACCUGUAACAUGUAUCCUGCACACUGUUCUGCUACCCUGAUACACUUGCAUAUUACCUCGGUAUACAUGACUGUAAUAAAUCAAAUCAAGUCAUUUUUACUAUUUAUGCUGUCCAAGCUGAUUUGCUAUGGCGAUAUAAUCCAUUUGGUGUACAUAGUCAACCAGUCAGACUGUAUCUGAUAUUAC